AUGGAUGUAGGCGAGCUAGAAGGCAUGCUCAAGGAGAGUCUCCAGAACAACAGGUACCUAAUUUUUAUCGAUGAUGUAUGGAGCAAAGCAGCCUGGGAGGCAAUCUGGUCCAAGUUACCAAGCAGCAACUGCGGCAGCAGAAUCAUCGUGACCACUCGGAUAGAUACUGUGGCCAAAGCAUGUUCUAAUUAUUGUGAUUAUUACAUCCAUCAUAUGAAGCCCCUAGAUGAGAAAGAGUCAGAUCAGUUGUUCCGAAGAAAAGCAUUUGGCUCAAUGACCGAAGAUUCUUGCCCAGAGUAUUUGAAAGGUGCAAUGGAAAACAUCUUGAAAAAAUGUGGUGGGCUACCCUUAGCCAUUGCUAACAUUGCAAGCCUUUUGGCAAGCUAUACACAUCCAGAAGGGAAGAAGAUGUGGGAAAUAGUUGGCAGGUCAAUUGGUUCACAGAUGGAUAACAAUCCUACUCUUGAGGGGAUGAGGCAGAUACUCACACUUAGCUAUGACCACCUACCCCACCACCUCAAGGCUUGCAUUAUGUAUCUUAGCAUUUUCCCAGAGGAUUACGUGAUCUGCAAGGAUCGACUAUUGAAGAGAUGGAUCGCUGAAGGGUUAAUUCCUGAGAAGCGAGGGAUGACCCAGAUGGAGCUUGCUGAAGCCUACUUCAAUGAGCUGAUGAGUAGAAGCAUGAUUGACCGAGGCACCUAUAUAGUUACCGUGUACCAAUGGAGGGAAGAGACAUGCCGAAUGCAUGACAUGAUGCUUGAGGUCAUGGUGUCCAAAUCCCUAGAGUCUAACUUUGUUAGCCUACUAGGUAGGCAAUAUGAAGGGAUGGCAUAUGAUAGGAUUCGACGUCUUGCCAUACAUGGCGGAGUAGAGGCAACCCAAGAGUCUUCAUCAAAGAAAAUGACAGCACGCCGUGGUAUCAAGGCGAUGACUAUGAAGCAUGUCCGAUCACUAAGCAUAUUUGAUACUGAAGCACAAAAUCUGCUUGCCCGGUUAGGAGAGUUCAUGUUGCUAAGGGUACUUGACCUAGAAGACUGCAAAGGUCUGCAGAAAGAGCAUAUGAGUCAUAUCUGUCGGAUGUAUCUUUUAAGGUUCUUAAGCUUGAAGUGUUCAGAUAUCAAGGUGAUGCCUUCAAGAAUUGGUGAUCUCGAGCAUUUACAGACACUUGAUGUACGUCAAACACAACUGACGAGUCUACCAGAAACAGUCACAAAGCUAGAGAAGCUGGAGCACCUGUUGUUCACCACCAAAGAUGGCAAUUUAAUGUCUGGUUGGAUACUGCCCCAAGGGAUCAACAAAAUGAAGGCACUACGCCAGCUGAAUAAAGCGGUUGUGGUAUCUGAGGAGAAGGUCGCCGAGGAGAUUGGUGACCUGGAUCAAUUGGAAGACUUAUGCAUCUAUGUAGACACAAGAAAUAAGGAUAUGGAUCAGAAUGUUCUCGAAGAGCUUGCCAAAUCCCUGAGCAAGAUGAACUCCCUCCAGUUGCUCGACAUUGGAAAUCUUGGUUGUGAUAAAUGGCCUUUCAAACGGGCAUUGCAUUUUCUCCAUCAAGUAAAGUCGCCACCACAGCUGCUCCGUUACUUUAGGAUUUGCGGCCUCAUUGACCAAUUGCCAAAAUGGGUGGGGGGACUCAUGAAUCUUACCGAGUUGGUCAUAGCUUGGACAUACGUUGAUGGUGUCCAACUAUUCAGCGACAUAUGUAAGUUGCCCAACCUGCAGAGGCUGACCCUGGGGCCAUACUUCAUAAGACACGGGCAAGACAUGGUUGCACGCAGUAGCCAGUCCUUUCCGAAGCUCAAGGAACUAACUCUGGGCUAUUCUCCUGAAGUUCCUGAAGUUUAUGGAUUUGAGAAAGGAUGCAUGCCAGAGCUGGAGACGCUUGUGCUGCAGUUUGAUGACCAGUGGAAGACAACUGCUGGUAUUGAGCACUUGAAAAACCUUAAAGAGGUGCAGAUCAGUUGUGUCAAAGAAGGUGCAUUGGCUGCUGUAGUAGAGGUGCUGGAGGUGGAGAAUAAGAAUCGACUCAAAUCUGACCGCGAAGAGAUCAGAGUUAUAGUGAGGUCGUAG